AGCGCUCCAGAGUGUAGAUCAGGAAAAGGGAGGGGAGUAGUCGGUGGCCAGAAUACUUAGGACCAAAACAUAAAUAAUCCGGCCAUAAAGGCAACCGACAGGAGAGGUCCCUGGGAUUUCGCCUUCGGAGACUUUCCGGUCACCGUUGGCGGCCUGACCAGAGUCGUGGUGACAAUUUAAAGGCUGUUCCUGCUCACAAAGCGGCGUGCCGAGGAAGGACGCGUCUCUUUGAAUAGACAGGAUGCACGGACCGCCCUCCGGCGACAGCGCAUGCCCAUUGCGCACGAUCAAGAGAGUUCAAUUCGGCAUCAUCAGCCCAGAUGAGCUUAAACGGAUGUCGGUUACAGAAGGGGGAAUCAAAUACCCUGAAACAACAGAAGGAGGACGUCCUAAACUCGGUGGCCUUAUGGACCCCAGACAAGGUGUCAUAGAAAGAACUGGAAGAUGUCAGACAUGUGCAGGCAACAUGACAGAAUGUCCAGGCCACUUUGGGCAUAUAGAACUGGCAAAGCCAGUUUUCCAUGUCGGCUUCAUAACAAAAAUAAUGAAGGUUCUCCGAUGUGUCUGCUUUUUUUGCUCCAAGCUUUUAGUGGAUUCGAACAAUCCAAAGAUCAAAGACAUCCUGGGAAAAUCCAAAGGGCAGCCCAGAAAGCGUUUGACACAUGUGUACGAGCUGUGCAAAGGAAAAAAUAUAUGUGAAGGAGGGGAGGAAAUGGAUAACAAAUUUGGAAUGGAACAGCAGGAGACAGAGGAGGACAUUACCAAGGAGAAGGGUCACGGUGGCUGUGGGCGCUACCAGCCACGUAUCAGACGCUGUGGCUUGGAGCUCUAUGCUGAGUGGAAGCACGUUAAUGAGGAUUCGCAGGAGAAGAAAAUCCUGCUGAGUCCUGAACGUGUACAUGAGAUCUUUAAGCGCAUCUCAGAUGAAGAGGACAUCAUCUUGGGCAUGGACCCCAAGUUCGCCCGGCCUGAAUGGAUGAUUGUAACUGUGUUGCCUGUGCCUCCACUGGCUGUGAGGCCUGCUGUAGUCAUGCAGGGAUCUGCUCGCAACCAGGAUGACUUGACCCACAAGCUGGCUGAUAUUGUUAAGAUCAACAACCAACUGAGAAGGAACGAACAGAGUGGUGCAGCAGCUCAUGUCAUAGCUGAGGAUGUGAAGCUGCUUCAGUUUCAUGUAGCCACGAUGGUGGACAAUGAAUUGCCAGGCCUGCCAAGGGCAAUGCAAAAAUCCGGCCGCCCUCUCAAAUCCAUAAAACAACGACUAAAGGGAAAGGAAGGGCGAGUCCGAGGCAACCUGAUGGGCAAGCGUGUGGACUUCUCAGCCCGAACUGUCAUCACCCCAGACCCCAACCUGCAAAUCGACCAAGUGGGCGUACCUCGGUCCAUUGCAGCCAAUAUGACCUUCCCAGAAAUUGUCACCCCCUUUAACAUUGACAGAUUGCAAGAGCUGGUGCGAAGAGGCAAUAGCCAGUAUCCAGGAGCCAAAUACAUCAUCCGCGACAAUGGAGACAGAAUUGACCUGCGAUUCCAUCCCAAACCAAGUGACCUUCAUCUGCAGAUUGGCUACAAGGUGGAGAGACACAUGUGUGAUGGUGACAUCGUCAUCUUCAACCGACAGCCUACACUACAUAAAAUGUCCAUGAUGGGGCACAGGGUUCGGAUUCUGCCCUGGUCCACAUUUCGACUCAACCUCAGUGUCACAACACCAUACAAUGCUGACUUUGACGGGGAUGAGAUGAACCUCCACCUGCCUCAGUCCCUUGAGACAAGGGCAGAGAUUCAGGAGCUGGCCAUGGUGCCACGUAUGAUUGUUACACCCCAGUCCAACAGGCCCGUCAUGGGUAUUGUGCAGGACACCCUCACAGCUGUGCGCAAAUUCACCAAGAGGGAUGUCUUCUUAGAGAGGGGGGAAGUCAUGAACCUCCUCAUGUUCCUGUCAACCUGGGAUGGGAAAAUGCCUCAACCAGCCAUCCUCAAGCCCCGUCCUCUGUGGACAGGCAAGCAGAUCUUCAGUCUCAUCAUUCCCGGACACAUCAACGUCAUCCGCACACACAGCACUCACCCUGACGAUGAGGACAGUGGUCCUUACAAACACAUCUCACCUGGGGACACCAAGGUCAUAGUGGAGAACGGUGAGUUGAUCAUGGGCAUCCUGUGUAAGAAGUCUCUUGGAACCUCAGCUGGCUCCCUCGUCCACAUCUCCUACCUGGAGAUGGGCCACGACAUCACCAGACUCUUCUACUCCAACAUUCAGACUGUGGUCAACAACUGGCUGCUCAUUGAAGGUCAUUCCAUUGGUAUUGGUGACUCCAUUGCUGAUGCCAAGACAUACCUUGACAUCCAGAAUACCAUCAAGAAAGCCAAACAGGAUGUGAUAGAAGUCAUUGAGAAAGCCCACAACAACGAGCUAGAGCCAACCCCUGGUAACACACUGAGGCAGACCUUUGAGAACCAGGUGAAUCGUAUCCUCAACGAUGCUCGUGACAAAACAGGAUCCUCUGCCCAGAAGUCUCUGUCUGAGUACAACAACUUCAAGUCCAUGGUGGUGGCUGGUUCUAAGGGUUCAAAGAUUAACAUCUCACAGGUUAUUGCUGUGGUGGGGCAACAGAACGUGGAGGGUAAACGAAUCCCCUUUGGCUUCAAACACCGCACGCUGCCUCACUUCAUCAAAGAUGAUUACGGUCCUGAGAGCAGAGGCUUUGUGGAGAACUCCUACCUGGCUGGCCUGACACCAACAGAGUUCUUCUUUCACGCCAUGGGAGGCAGAGAGGGUCUGAUUGACACAGCUGUCAAGACAGCUGAGACUGGUUACAUCCAGCGUCGUCUGAUCAAGUCUAUGGAGUCUGUGAUGGUGAAAUACGAUGGCACGGUGCGUAACUCCAUCAACCAGGUGGUCCAGCUGCGCUACGGUGAGGACGGCCUAGCAGGAGAGAACGUCGAGUUCCAAAACCUGGCAACAGUCAAACCAUCGCACAAGGCCUUUGAAAAGAAGUUCAAGUUCGAUUGCACCAAUGAGCGAGCACUGAGGCGGAUGCUGCAAGAAGACGUGGUAAAGGAUGUACUGACCAACGCCCAUGUGCAGAGUUCCCUGGAGAGGGAGUUUGAGAAGAUGAAGGAGGACAGGGAGAUUCUUCGAGCCAUUUUUCCCACUGGGGACAGUAAGGUGGUGCUGCCAUGCAACCUGGCCAGAAUGAUUUGGAACGCGCAGAAGAUCUUCCGCAUCAACACUCGGACCCCAACAGACCUGAAUCCUCUAAGAGUGGUCGAGGGUGUUCAGGAGUUGAGUAAGAAGCUGGUGAUUGUGAAUGGCGACGACCCGCUAAGCAGACAGGCCCAACAGAACGCCACUCUGCUCUUCAACAUCCACCUGCGCUCCACGCUCUGCUCCAAACGCAUGACGGAGGAGUUCCGCCUUUCCACUGAGGCUUUCGACUGGCUGCUGGGAGAGAUUGAGACCAAGUUCAACCAGUCCAUUGCCCACCCAGGUGAAAUGGUUGGCGCGCUGGCUGCUCAGUCGCUGGGAGAGCCAGCCACUCAGAUGACCCUGAACACUUUCCACUACGCCGGCGUGUCGGCCAAGAACGUAACACUCGGUGUGCCUCGUCUCAAGGAAUUGAUCAACAUCUCCAAGAGGCCCAAGACACCCUCGCUGACUGUUUUCCUGCUGGGUCAGGCAGCACGUGACGCUGAGAGGGCCAAGGACAUCCUCUGUCGACUGGAGCACACCACGCUGAGAAAAGUGACGGCCAACACCGCCAUCUACUACGACCCCAACCCUCAGAACACAGUGGUGGCUGAGGAUCAGGAGUGGGUGAAUGUCUACUACGAGAUGCCCGACUUUGAUGUGACACGCAUUUCACCAUGGCUGCUGCGCAUCGAGCUCGACCGCAAACACAUGACUGAUCGCAAGCUGACUAUGGAGCAGAUUGCAGAGAAGAUCAAUGCAGGUUUUGGAGACGAUUUGAACUGUAUCUUCAAUGACGACAAUGCCGAGAAGCUCGUUCUGCGAAUCAGAAUCAUGAACAGUGAUGAAAACAAGUUCCAAGAGGAUGAGGAGGUGGUGGACAAAAUGGAUGAUGAUGUGUUCUUGAGGUGCAUCGAGUCCAACAUGCUGACAGACAUGACCCUACAAGGCAUUGAGCAGAUCAGCAAGGUGUACAUGCACUUGCCCCAGACUGACAAUAAGAAGAAGAUCAUCAUCACGGAGGACGGCGAGUUCAAGGCCCUGCAGGAGUGGAUCCUUGAGACAGACGGAGUGAGUCUCAUGAGAGUGCUCAGCGAGAAGGAUGUGGAUCCCGUCAGGACCACCUCCAACGACAUUGUGGAGAUCUUCACGGUCUUGGGAAUUGAGGCUGUGCGAAAGGCUCUGGAGAGGGAGUUGUACCACGUCAUUUCCUUCGACGGUUCCUAUGUCAACUACCGUCACUUGGCUCUGCUCUGUGACACCAUGACCUGCCGCGGUCACCUGAUGGCCAUCACACGUCACGGCAUCAACCGUCAAGACACGGGACCACUUAUGAAGUGUUCCUUUGAGGAGACGGUGGAUGUGUUGAUGGAGGCAUCGUCCCACGGUGAAAGUGACCCCAUGAAGGGGGUGUCGGAGAACAUCAUGCUUGGCCAGCUCGCCCCGGCUGGUACAGGCUGCUUUGACUUGCUGCUGGAUGCUGAGAAGUGUAAAUACGGCAUGGAGAUCCCUACAAACAUACCUGGCAUCAGCGUGGCUGGACCCACUGGAAUGUUCUUUGGCACAGUGCCGAGUCCCAUGAGUGGAAUGUCACCCGCCAUGACCCCGUGGAACACCGGAGCUACGCCAGCAUACGGUGCCUGGUCCCCCAGUGUUGGAAGCGGCAUGACCCCUGGAGCAGCAGGAUUCUCUCCCAGUGCAGCAUCAGAUGCAAGUGGCUUCUCUCCAGGCUACUCCCCGGCCUGGUCCCCCACUCCUGGGUCUCCAGGAUCUCCAGGACCAGCUAGCCCAUACAUUCCAUCUCCAGGUGGAGCCAUGUCACCCAACUACUCACCCACCUCCCCGGCCUAUGAGCCUCGCUCCCCUGGAGGCUACACCCCUCAGAGCCCUGGCUAUUCCCCAACAUCACCCUCCUACUCCCCCACCUCUCCCUCUUACUCCCCCACCAGCCCGAACUACAGCCCGACAUCACCUUCCUACUCUCCCACUUCGCCCAGUUACUCUCCAACUUCCCCUUCCUACUCCCCUACGUCCCCUUCCUACUCCCCUACAUCCCCAUCCUACUCCCCUACGUCUCCCUCAUAUUCCCCCACGUCCCCCUCAUACUCCCCCACGUCCCCCUCAUACUCUCCCACCUCACCAAGCUACAGCCCGACAUCGCCGAGCUACAGCCCAACGUCACCCAGCUACUCUCCCACCUCGCCUUCUUAUUCUCCCACGUCUCCAUCUUACUCCCCCACUUCCCCCUCCUACUCCCCCACCUCUCCUUCCUACUCACCAACCAGCCCGAGCUACAGCCCUACAUCGCCGAACUACACCCCCACCUCGCCUAGUUACUCCCCCACCUCCCCCUCCUACUCCCCAACAUCGCCCUCUUACUCCCCAACCUCCCCCAACUACACCCCAACCAGCCCCAACUACUCUCCCACCUCCCCCUCAUACUCCCCGACCUCUCCGUCUUACUCCCCUUCCAGUCCACGCUACACGCCGCAAUCACCCACCUACACACCCAGCUCACCCUCAUACAGCCCCAGCUCACCCUCCUACUCGCCCACCUCCCCCAAAUACACCCCGACUUCACCCUCAUACAGCCCAAGCUCCCCGGAGUACACUCCAACCUCUCCAAAGUACUCCCCUACCUCUCCAAAGUACUCCCCAACGUCACCGAAGUACUCGCCCACUUCUCCCACCUACUCCCCCACAACACCAAAAUACAGCCCCACCUCUCCUACCUACUCCCCCACCUCCCCCACCUACACCCCCACCAGCCCCAAAUACUCCCCUACCUCCCCAACUUACUCCCCAACCUCACCCAAGUACUCACCCACGUCUCCUACCUACUCGCCGACCAGUCCUAAAGGCUCCACGUACAGCCCCACCUCCCCUGGAUACAGCCCCACCUCACCCACCUACAGCCCCAGCUCACCCUCCUACUCGCCCACCUCCCCCAAAUACACCCCGACUUCACCCUCAUACAGCCCCAGCUCACCCUCCUACUCGCCCACCUCCCCCAAAUACACCCCGACUUCACCCUCAUACAGCCCCAGCUCACCCUCCUACUCGCCCACCUCCCCCAAAUACACCCCGACUUCACCCUCAUACAGCCCCAGCUCACCCUCCUACUCGCCCACCUCCCCCAAAUACACCCCGACUUCACCCUCAUACAGCCCCAGCUCACCCUCCUACUCGCCCACCUCCCCCAAAUACACCCCGACUUCACCCUCAUACAGCCCCAGCUCACCCUCCUACUCGCCCACCUCCCCCAAAUACACCCCGACUUCACCCUCAUACAGCCCCAGCUCACCCUCCUACUCGCCCACCUCCCCCAAAUACACCCCGACUUCACCCUCAUACAGCCCCAGCUCACCCUCCUACUCGCCCACCUCCCCCAAAUACACCCCGACUUCACCCUCAUACAGCCCCAGCUCACCCUCCUACUCGCCCACCUCCCCCAAAUACACCCCGACUUCACCCUCAUACAGCCCCAGCUCACCCUCCUACUCGCCCACCUCCCCCAAAUACACCCCGACUUCACCCUACAGUUGCUGCCAGUUUUGA